AAUUAAUUAAUUCCGGGACUGUGUGUGUGAAAAGUCAGUCUAGCCUCUUGGCGUUGUUUGCAUACCCCGCUUGUAGCCACUACGCCCGCGCGGGCGCGCAGGCGAUUGACGAGCGCCCGCCUGCGCACAGUACAGCGAAAAGCAUGUCUGUGCGUGAAAGCUACAAAGGCCCGCACUUUACUAAGUAAUUCCAAAAAUGCCGCGCGCCGUCGACGUCAUUCGCGUCGCAUUGGGCCGAUGCGGCCACCUCGUUCUAUUCCUGCCGUGCACACU